CUCUCUUCCCCCCCGUCCCUGACGAAAAAAAUCUAUAAUGCCCUGUUCCACCCUCUAUUUUCUCCACCCCAUCCGGAUUCUAGUUAAAAUUUGAUAUCGAGAAGCUAUUCUUUCUCGCUUUCUUGCUCUCUUUCUUGAACGGGUGCUAUAUUAGCAGUUCUGCGCUGGUGAGAUGGCUGGAGCUCGGUCCAUGGCGAUCGGUUCCGUUGCCGUCGACUCCCAUCCCACCGCUUGCCUCUGCGUCGACGCUCUCCCUCUCUCCAAUCUCAAUUUCAGGGGAAGCGGGGACGCUCACAGGAUUCCGACAUGCCGGAAGGCGUCGAGGUCCUCGGCGGGCUCCUUGGGGCUGAGCAGCUCCUUCGUCGACACCUGGCAAGGGAGGCGUCCCUCCGCGCGAUCCAGGAAGCAGUGGACCAACAGCAAGAGCAGGAGACUUGUUGUCGUGGAUGAAUUCGCCGGGCAGUAUGAAGAGGGCUUCGAGGAUGUUCAUGUGCAACUUAUCAAUUACUUCACCUACAAAGCUGUAAGGACUGUUCUUCACCAGCUUUAUGAAAUGAACCCACCAAAGUACACGUGGUUCUAUAAUUUUGUUGCAGACAACAAACCAAGUGAUGGUAAACAAUUUCUAAGUGUUCUUGGGAAGGAGAAGCAAGACCUAGCGGAAAGAGUGAUGAUCACACGCCUUCACCUAUAUGGUAAAUGGAUUAAGAAAUGUGAUCAUGCGAAAAUGUAUCAACAAAUUUCCGAUGAGAACUUGCAGCUGAUGCGUGAAAGGUUAAUGGAGACAGUCAUAUGGCCAUCUGAUGACACAAACACAGAGAAGAUUGGCUGACAGAUAUGGUUGCAGUUGCAAUACACUAAUCUUAUAGUCUAGUUGAUUACUAUUGUCACGUUCUCAGUGAUUUCCAUCUCAGGAGUUCUUAUGUAUAUAUAAUCUUGUACAAUCUAACAAGGAAUAUCAAGUGGCGCAUCUCAGUUCUCAACCAUAUAAGCAUUCUAUACCAACCAAUUUUCUUGUAGGUUUGCAA